CCCUUCUCAAAACAACCCUUGUGCUUGAGAAGCUGUCGUUCAAAACCUUGAUGUUUUGAACGACAAAGGUUUCACUCUCGCGCGGAAGCGGGAAUCUAAACACAUCGUCAAAUCCCCUUCCGUCGCCAAACGAAUAAGUGAAGAGUCGAGCCGUCGCCGUCGCCGCGACGUCGACACCGCCACUAUGGCGGCAUUAACGAUGUAUGAUUGCGACAUCAACUCAUGCCCUGUUCCAAGCGGAUUUGUCACCACAACACCUCACCUGCCGGGCAACGCAGUUCUUUUGGCCAGCUUUGCUAUAGCUAUUCCCAUCAACGUAUACUUUGGCGUCAGAUACGGGACUCCUCUUUACACCCUUCUUUUAGUCGCCGGAAUCCUACUUGAGAUCAUCGGUCACAUCGGCAACAUUUUGUUAAGAGAUAAUCUCGCCAGUCGUCCCUUCUUCACUAUGCACAUGGUGGGCUCCAUCACAGGUCCAACUCUUAUCGCUGCAGCAAUUUACGCCGUGCUGCCACACGUCCUAUCGGUAUAUGGCAUAAGAUUUUGUCAGAUACCUUCGCCUUUAUGGCUUGGGUUACUAUUAUUUGGCUUUGACGUCUUUACACUUGCAUUCCAAAUUGUGGGCUGUGUGUUCACUGUUGACGGAAUUGCAAUGCCUGAGAUGAGCCAAGGCGUCAACAUAUUACUUGCUGGCUUAGGUAUCCAAGUUGCAAGUUUGCUGUUAUAUUUUGGCGUCUACUACGCAUUCGUGUCGAGGAUUACAAGGCACCGAAACCAUCUCGAGGAGAAGCAUGCCCACGUCUAUCUCACACAACGGUUCAGGAUAUUCCUCCUUUGCCUACAAGCAGCGGCAGCGUUGCUUCUCGUUAGAACAAUCGCCAGGAUAGUCCAGAUCUCAGGUGGCAUCGCCUCGGAUCGUUUUCAGUCGCAGACAUUGAGUCUGGUGCUCGACAGCGCUAUGAUUUUACUUGCCUGCAUCGUUCUUACAGUCAUCCCGCCAGGCGUCGCGUUUGGAACUCGUGCCUGGAACGAGACCGCGCCGCACAUGAUCGGCUUUUCUACGAACGGAACAUACAGAAGUGAGGGUAGCAGAAGCGGUCAUAACUACUCCCUUCAGUCUCACCGUAGUUCGUCGUCACCUUCACAGGCACCGUACCACUCGACACCGUACCAACCCAUCAUGCCCCUCCGCGGACAGCAGGCUAGGGGUUAUGCGGAUCAGGUGCCAGCACACUACCAGUUCCCGAACUUGCACAAGUCAACAACCAAGCCGCGACCCAUCCGUGUGGCUCCAUACAGGCCAGAUGACGACGACGGAAUUGGCAGACCCGUGGGCAGUGCGGAACUUAUGCAACCGGGCUCUGCGGGGAGCCAGAGCAGUCCUCUAUCGAACUCACAGCACGGAUACGACAGACAAGGCUCGAAACGAUACUCGCCGCGGCAAAGCGACAUGGUUAAAGAUGAAGCGCUUUGGUAAAAAUAUAUGUUGGCUUGUGCUCAGUCUGUCGACCGGUCUCAUUCUAUUCUGCCAUCGACAUUUGUUUUUCAACCAAUACGGUUGCCUCUACAUGCCUUUGUUCAAAGGUUUACGUUUGGCUAUUUGAUCCUUUCUUCUUUUUUGGAUAUCUCUUGGGUUUACGAAGGUGUUUGUUCUUUCUGGGUGUUCAAGCGUGAUACCCUACACUGUCCUUUUCUCCGUGCUUUGCAAGCUAUUUUCUGUUAAUUUUGUAACUCAAUUUGAAGUUACAGGCGCUUCGUUUUUUUGUUAGUCUACCGGGAUAGUGGCAACUGGCCGUUAGCUAUUCUUUCUUGGGAUCAAAAUCUAAAACAGUACAUUUGUGAAGGCCCAUUCAUGCCUUGCAUGGCAUCAGAAUUCUAUCGAAACUUCAAACGUGCCACACCUAAAACAUGCG